AAUUCCAGGGAAGCUGCACUUGCAGUAGUGGCUGGAGCAAGAAGCAGUGGAAGCUGUUUGCUAUGUGUUUGUUCCCCACCCUCACCUCAGUUUCCUGGGGCCCCAGGGCUGGAAUUAGGGAGCCGCCUAGCAGGGACUGAAAACACGUCUGAGGAUCAGCAGAGGAAAAAGCAGCUUUUUCCUGCUGUCUGCAGCAGCUGUUGGGAGAGUGUGGAACAGCCUGUGGACCUGCAGGGGAGAAACCUCCCUCUGGAAAAUCCAGGUGUGAUGUUGGAGUGGCCCAUGCCUGGCCAGGCAGCACCCAGGUACAGGGUCCAGCUGCAGCAUUCUGGCACCUGCUGCUGUGAAAGAGCUUCAUGGAUGAUCCCAGCUGGAAUCCCACCUGGAGCCCUCUGGCACAGAGCCCACAGCGCCCGGGGAUGCGUCACAGCUUGUGAGGCGGGGCUGCGCUGCGUGGAGGGAUGUUGCUGGGCGGCGGAGGGAUACGGCUGCACGGUGCCGGGGGACCCCGGCGGGGGCGGCGAUGGCACGGCCGAGCUCGGGAGUGGCGCAGCCGAUCUCCGUGGCGGCGGGCGAGGAGGCGCUGGGGCCGCGGGGGACUGGCUCCGUGACUCCGGCACGGCAGAACUCAGCGGUGGCGGGCGAGGAGGCGGCGGUCAAGCCAAAUGAUCUCUAAAGAAAGGAAAAGGGAGGUCCCCGAGGCGGCUUCGGAUCUCCGCGGUCACCGACGCUGCCGAUUUUCCCGGCGCGCGCCGUUCGACGUCGAGGAGCGGCAUCCAGAAGCUGUGUCGGAGCAUCUUCCUGGCUGGAAUGUUUUGAGUAAGGGCUGCAGUCAGGGUGUAAGCUGAAGGGUGUGUGACUCUGUGUGUGUGUGACUGUGUCUGUCUGCCUGCGAGAAGAGUGCGGGCGUGGAAUGGUUCUGACCUUGUGUGUGGGAGUUUUGCCUUUCAGGCUUUUCAGCUACUUUUUAAACAUAGAGUAAAAACAACCCAGCUGCGCUGGCUGGGGAUUUUUUCCCUCCCAGCUGGGUUUUUUUAUCUGGGACCCGGCCGGUCUGUGAGGUGCCGUUCAUUGCCAGGGUUUGGGUGCCGACCGUGCCGGGGAUUUGUCAGGCGGGAUGAUUUUGGGGCUCCCGGGAACCGCGUUCCCAUGGGGUGCUCUCGAGACGAGAGCGAGGGUGGGUUUGUGUGUCAGCUGAAGGAGGUGUGUGGUGGAUGAGUGUUUUCUUCUCCGUGUGCUGCUGUUGUUUUGGGUUUCCUGGCACAAUAAAAUGUAAUGAAUUUUCCAGAAAUAGAACAAUUGUUACAUUGUACUGAUAGGGGGUUGGCUUGUGUUGCUCUGUGUUCGUGUUUGCUGCUGCACUUGCACAUAUUGCUCUGUAUGUCAAUUGGACUUUGACCAGUGUGCAUAUGGAUUGUACUUGUGCUUGUGUACAUUGUUGUUUCCACUUGCUUUGCUGAAGUGUAAAUAAAAAACCCUCAAUCAAGUUGAAUAAACCCUAAUAAAGAUACCCCCCUCCCCCCCUUUUGGUUGCUCUCUUC